CAAUUCCCACCUCUUUCCUUUUCAUUUCUUUUUUCCUUUGUGGGUCUUCUCAUCUUUUCUUUAAUGCACAAAGUUCAAACCAUUUCUUCGCUAAUUAUUCCACUUACAAGCCUUUGUUCCUUGGUUCCCUCGAUGCUUAACACCGGACCUCCCUUUUCAAUCAUCAAUAAGAGGGUUUCUUCAAAAUGAAUUGGAGGCUGGGAAUGGUUUGAAUGCUUAUGAUUCUGAACAACAUUAUGAAUUGGGUACUAAAGUCUUAGUUCAGUUCAAAGCUUGGAAUCUUUGAUUCAGAAAGUAGGAGGCUGUAAGUUUCCAUUAUCUUGCUUUUCUCUGUUAUCUUCGAGUUACAUAUCUUUUUCUGGUGCACUGGAUGGUUUGUUCUUAAUGAUCCAUUUUCCCAUUGUUCAACAAGCUGCAAUUAAUCAAUAAGAAUGGCUGAAAUAAGGUUAGCUAGAUUAGAACAAGGCCAAACCAAGAUUAAAAAUGUGCCAAUUGCUGUAACCCCAGAAGGUUUUUGGUGCUGCCCUUCUCCUGUUGUUUUCCAAAAGACCCUAAACAAACCCAAACCUGCCUCCCUGCCCCCAAAGAUCUUGGUUGAGACGAAACCGACCCGGGUGGCUGAUAGAAAGCCACGGUCAGCUGCUGUUCGUGACGAUGACCGGAAAGGCAAUGCUGAUACUUCUGGCUAUGGUGCCUCAGAGGUUGUACACAGGGCAUCACGGCCUAAGGUUGAAAAGAUGCCUAGGAAAAUAGCAAUUGAGUUUGAUGAGGCAGGGACAAGUGAUAUUAAGGUUGUUUUAGUUGGGAAGCAAGGAUUUUCAGUGAAGUUGAGUGUUCAUAAACAUGUUUUGAUGGAACAUAGCACUUUUUUUGCCAUCAAGCUUUCUGAUAAUGAAGGUUCUUCUUUGGAAAUUGGUGAUUGUGAAGAUGUUGAAAUCUAUGUUGAAACUGUGGGAUUGAUGUACUGCAAAGAAAUGAAGCAAUGGCUGAUGAAGCAAAAUGUUUCUCGUGUUCUGCGAAUUCUUAAGGUUGCUGAAUGUCUCGGUUUCAAGUCAUGCAUGCAGUCGUGUCUAGAAUAUUUGGAAGCAGCCCCUUGGGUUGGCGACGAAGAAGAAGAGAAGGUUAUCACGUCCAUCCUACGACUUCAAAGUGAGGGCAUUGGGGUGAGCCCGGUAUUGAAGCGAGUGUCUGCGAAUGUGUCGAAGCCCCAUAACGAUACUCUUUCUCAUAUCAUCGAACUCGUUCUGAGAAGCAACGAGGAGAGAGGGCGACGUGAAAUGAAACUGGUAGUACUGAGGCUUCUUAGGGAGAACCAGAAUGUACCAAGCCAUGCAAGUUCAGCUGAUAUUUGCAAUGAAAUUAUAUACUCUUCUUGUAGAAGCUGCUUGACAUCGCUAUUGUUCCUGUUUCAGCAGGCUGCUGAAACAGAUUUUAGUGACAGGAAAGAACCAGUGGUGAAGCAAAUUACUCUAGAGGCCGAUAAUCUGUCAUGGUUGCUUGAAAUAUUAGCUGACAGGCAAGCGGCCGAUGAGUUUGCAGUCAUGUGGUCGAAGCAUCAGGAACUAGCAGCCCUCCAUGGGAAGUUGCCUAUCGUAUCUCGCUAUCGUGUUAGCUGCAUAACAGCUCGGUUAUUUGUUGGCAUUGGCAAAGGAGAGCUGUUACCAGCUAAGGAUACUCGUAAAUUGUUGUUACAUACAUGGUUAGAGCCAUUGAUCAAUGAUUAUAGCUGGUUGAGACACAGUUGUGGGUCGUUUGAUCGAAAGGUCGUGGAGGAAGGAAUUGGUCGAACAAUCCUCACUCUCCCACUCGAGGAUCAGCAGAGCAUUAUGCUGACAUGGUUGAGCAGUUUUCUGAAGGUUGGGGACAGUUGCCCGAAUCUCCAAAGAGCGUUCGAGGUUUGGUGGCGUCGGACCUUCGUUCGACCUUACAUUGAGACUCAAGGAAGCAUUCACCAGCAAGAUUGCUCAAUCAUACCCCAGUUUGAGCCUUGACAAUCACCAUACUUAUAAAACUGACAAUUGGUUGGGCAAUAUAGAUGCUGAGUUUAUUGCUUAUGGUUUAUGUUGAAUGAAUUUCGAGCUUCGUCGGGAUUUCGUCGAGAUCACCCUGUUGUAAGUUAAAGUUUGUACGUAGUAAUAUAAGCUUAUACUCUGAUUGCAUCUCA